CAAAUCUCACAGGAGGACUGAUGGACGGCUCGGCGGCGGGGCGGGCGGGAGCCAGCGCGGGCCUUGCACAAGAGGGACUGUUCAUCUGGCGGGCAUGGUGCUGCUCAGGGGACCUGCAGGAGCCUGGCUGGCCCUGGUGCUGGCGCUGGCCCUGGCCCUGAGCCCGGGCGCAGCGGCCCCUGGGCAGGACUGCACGGGCGUCGAGUGCCCGCCGCUGGAGAACUGCAUCGAGGAGGCGCUGGAGCCGGGCGCCUGCUGCGCCACGUGCGUGCAGUGGGGCUGCGCCUGCGAGGGCUACCAGUACUACGACUGCCUGCAGGGCGGCUUCGUGCGCGGCCGCGUGCCCGCCGGCCAGUCCUACUUCGUGGACUUCGGCAGCACCGAGUGCUCCUGCCCGCCCGGCGGCGGCAAGAUCAGCUGCCAGUUCAUGCUGUGCCCAGAGCUGCCGCCCAACUGCAUCGAGGCCGUGGUGGUGGCUGACAGCUGCCCGCAGUGUGGCCAGGUGGGCUGCAUCCACAACGGCCGCAAGUACGCCGCCGGCCACACCAUCCACCUGUCGCCCUGCCAGGCCUGCCACUGCCCCGACGCCGGCGGUGAGCUCAUCUGCUACCAGCUUCCCGGUUGCGAUGGAGACUCCGAGGCUGUGCCGGCUGCCGCCGGAAACUUCUCGGAUGCUGAGGACAGUGACCCUGAGCGUCACUACGAGGACCCCUACAGCUAUGACCAGGAGGUGGUGGAGGCAGAAGCUGCCGCAGCACUGCCGGGCGAGCUCCAAGGAGGCGCCAGGGCCCCGGCCGCUCUGGGAGGCGGGAACCAGCCACCUUCAGCCAUCCAGGCCACCCGCUGGCCGGCCGCCCUCCCCAGGCCCACGGCAGCCACUGCCCUGGGUCCCCCGGCCCCUGUGCAGGCCAAGGCCAGGAGGGUGACAGAGGACAGGCAGGAGGAGAGGGAGGAAUUGACUGUCCGGGAGCGGCCAGCAGCAGGUGGCCCCAGGGGCCUGGAUGGGCUGCCCACGGCAGGUCCGGCCGGGCCUGGUCUCCCUGUCCAAGCAGAGCGGGUGGAGGCCAGGGCGGGGCCCGAAGAGAACCUCAUCCCGGAUGCCCAGGCCACGCCCCGCAGCGCCGGGCAGGAGGGAGCCCGGCCCGUUCCAGCAUCAAGCACAGCCAGUCUCCCCCAGUCACAAGCCACACCGAGCUCUCCUCCUGCGGUCCCGACAGAGCCCAGCCCCCACAUCACCCUGACCACCUCUCACCACGAGACAGCCCGGGUCCCAUCCUCCCAGGAAGAGCUCAAGCAGUCACUGGUUCUGCCCCGUUCUCGGCCUGAAAAAGACACAGACCCCAACUCUGUCCAUUCUGUCCCUAGAGGUGAUGCUGAAGUGUCCACGAAGGACCUGAUGGAGACGUGCUGUGCAGCCGGACAGCAGUGGGCCAUCGACAAUGACGAGUGCCUGGAGAUCCCCGAGAGCGGCGCUGAGGGCGACGUGUGCAGGACGGCCCAGAAGCACUGCUGUGUGUCCUACUUGAAGGAGAAGAGCUGCAUGGCUGGCGUCAUGGGGGCCAAGGAGGGCGAGGCCUGCGGGGAUGAGGACAAUGACACCUGUGGCGUCUCCCUGUACAAGCAAUGCUGUGACUGCUGUGGCCUGGGGCUCCGCGUGCGGGCUGAGGGCCAGUCGUGCGAGUCCAACCCCAACCUGGGCUACCCCUGCAACCACGUGAUGCUCUCAUGCUGUGAGGGCGAAGAGCCCCUCAUUGUACCUGAGGUGCGCCGACCUCCGGAGCCUGAGGCUGCGCCACGGAGAGUUUCAGAGGCAGAGUUGGCGAGCCGGGAGGCGCUGUCGCUGGGCACGGAGACUGAGCUGCCCAACAGCCUGCCUGGCGACGACCAGGAUGAGUGCCUGCUUCUCCCAGGGGAGCUGUGCCAGCACCUCUGCAUCAACACCGUGGGCUCCUACCGUUGUGCCUGCUUUCCCGGCUUCUCGCUGCAGGAUGACGGCCGUACCUGCCGCCCAGAUGAUGGCCCACAGCCGGAGGCUGCAGAGGAGUCUGCACCGAGGCCCAAGCUGCCCCAGGCGGCUCCCAACACCAUCGCGCUGCCGGUGCCACAGCCCAACACCUGCAGAGACAACGGGCCCUGCAGGCAGGUGUGCAGUGUCGUCGGGGACACAGCCAUGUGCUCCUGCUUCCCCGGCUAUGCCAUCAUGGCGGACGGCGUGUCCUGUGAAGACCAAGACGAGUGCCUGCUGGGUGCUCACGAUUGUAGCCGGCGACAGUUCUGUGUGAACACACUGGGAUCCUUCUACUGUGUCAACCACACAGUGCUCUGUGCUGAGGGCUUUAUCCUCAACGUGCACAGGAAGUGCGUGGACAUCAACGAGUGUGUGACGGACCUUCACACGUGCAGCCGGGACGAGCACUGCGUGAACACGGUGGGCUCCUUCCGCUGCUACAAGUCUCUCACCUGCGAGCCCGGCUACGCGCUCCAGAACGGAGAGUGCACAGAUGUGGACGAGUGUGAGCUGGGCACGCACGGCUGCCAGGCGGGCUCCGUGUGCCAGAACACCGAGGGCUCCUUCCGCUGCCAGGCCCGGCAGCGCUGCAUGGAGGGCUUCCUGCAGGACCCCGAGAGCAACUGCGUGGACAUCAAUGAGUGCACGUCCCUCUCUGAGCCCUGUCGGCCCGGCUUCAGCUGCAUCAACACGGUGGGCUCCUACACGUGUCAGAGGAACCCUAUCAUCUGUGGGCGCGGCUACCACGCUAGCCAGGACGGGACCAAGUGCGUGGACGUGAAUGAGUGUGAGGCAGGCACGCACCAGUGCGGCGAGGGCCAGGUGUGCCGCAACCUCCCCGGCUCCUACCGCUGUGACUGCAAGGCCGGGUUCCAGUGGGACGCUUUUGGCCGGGCCUGCGUCGACGUGAAUGAGUGCUGGGCCUCGCCGAGCCGCCUGUGCCAGCACACCUGCGAGAACACGCCCGGGUCCUACCGCUGCUCCUGCGCCUCUGGCUUCCGGCUGGCUGCCGACGGCAAGCGCUGCGAAGAUGUGAACGAGUGUGAGGCCCAGCGCUGCAGCCAGGAGUGCGCCAACAUCUAUGGCUCCUACCAGUGCUACUGCCGCCAGGGCUACCAGCUGGCCGAGGACGGGCACUCCUGCACUGGUACCUCUCCUCUGCCUGCGCUCAGGGUGCCGGCAUCCUCUGCACCUUCCGCUGUAUCAAUGUGCCCGGGAGCUACCAGUGCGCAUGUCCGGAGCACGGCUACACCAUGACGGCCAACGGGAGGUCCUGCAAGGACCUGGACGAGUGCGCGCUGGGCACCCACAACUGCUCUGAGGCUGAGACCUGUCACAACAUCCAGGGCGGCUUCCGCUGCCUGCGCUUCGAGUGUCCCCCCAGCUACGUCCGAGUCUCCGAAACGUGAGUGCCCCA